GGCGGCGGCGGCGGCGCAGGGGGCGGAGGCAAGGGGACGCCCCCAGCCAGGAUGCUGCGGUUCCUGCGCCGGACCUUUGGCCGCCGCUCAAUGCAGCGCUACGCGCGGGGCGCGGCAGGGCGCGGGGCCGCCGGGCUGGGGGACGAGCGCGACGGGGGCCCGGGGGGCCCGGCCGCCGCUGUCUCCACGCUGCCCGCCGCCCCCGGGGGCAGCGUGUUCCCAGCCAGCGGCGGGCCCCUGCUCACUGGCGGCGCGGCCGUGCACAUCUCCGCCGCAGGAGCCUCCAAGGCCACCCUCUACUGCCGCGUCUUCCUGCUCGACGGGACCGAAGUGAGCGUGGACCUGCCGAAACAUGCCAAAGGCCAGGAUUUGUUUGAUCAGAUUGUGUACCACUUGGACCUAGUGGAAACAGAUUACUUUGGCCUCCAGUUCCUCGACUCUGCCCAGGUCGCGCACUGGCUGGAUCAUUCCAAACCCAUAAAAAAGCAGAUGAAAAUUGGACCUGCUUAUGCUUUGCACUUUCGAGUUAAAUAUUAUUCUUCAGAACCCAACAACCUUCGUGAAGAGUUUACAAGGUACCUGUUUGUUUUACAACUCAGGCAUGACAUUCUUUCAGGAAAAUUGAAAUGCCCCUAUGAAACAGCUGUGGAAUUGGCUGCUCUCUGCCUACAAGCCGAGCUUGGGGAGUGCGAGCUUCCAGAACACACACCAGAGCUUGUGUCUGAGUUUCGGUUCAUUCCAAAUCAGACAGAAGCGAUGGAAUAUGAUAUCUUCCAGAGAUGGAAAGAGUGCAGGGGAAAGAGCCCUGCCCAGGCGGAACUCUCCUAUCUGAAUAAAGCGAAGUGGCUGGAAAUGUAUGGGGUAGACAUGCACGUUGUCAGGGGAAGAGAUGGCUGUGAAUAUUCUCUUGGACUGACCCCGACAGGCAUAUUAAUCUUUGAAGGAGCUAACAAAAUAGGCUUAUUCUUUUGGCCAAAAAUUACCAAAAUGGAUUUUAAAAAGAGCAAAUUGACGCUGGUCGUGGUGGAGGAUGAUGAUCAGGGCCGGGAGCAGGAGCACACGUUUGUGUUCCGGCUGGACAGCGCCAGGACCUGCAAGCACCUGUGGAAGUGUGCUGUGGAGCACCACGCCUUCUUCCGGCUGCGGACGCCGGGAAACAGCAAAUCCAACAGAUCGGACUUCAUCAGGCUGGGGUCUCGCUUCAGGUUCAGCGGGCGGACGGAAUAUCAAGCGACCCACGGCGCCAGGUUACGAAGAAGCAGCACCUUCGAGCGGAAGCCUAGUAAACGCUAUCCAUCCCGGAGACAUUCGACCUUCAAAGCAAGCAACCCGGUGAUAGCAGCUCAGUUCUGCUCUAAAACAAAUCCUGAAGUCCAUAAUUACCAGUCUCAGUAUCAUCCCAAUCUCCACCCCGGCCAGCCUCGGUGGCACCCUCACUCCCCAAACGUCAGCUACCCGCUCCCUUCCCCAGGGCUCAGCAGCUCGGACCGGCUGCCUUUCGGUCUUGAGGAGAAUGGGGGCACGCCGUUCACCACCAAAGCUUCCGGAAGGCACCACCAUCACCACCACCAGCACCAGCAUCACACGAACUAUGGCAUCUCGCUGACCCUGGAGAACAAGGAAGGGCCUUCAAGGUCCCCAAACUCCAGCAGUAAAUCCCUCACAAAACUGAGUCCAGGAGGACCUGCCCUGUUCAGUGAAGCUGCUGCCCAUCUGAAGAAGCUGGAACUGGAAACUGUGAAGGCUGCCGGACCCUGGCCUGCUCUGCACAUCAACAUAAAUAAGGCCGAAGAAAAAAAAGUUUCCGAGAAGACUCUCCAGACCCCGCUCUUGCCUUCCCCCGUGGCUGACCAUGUGAAGUGUAACAUUUUGAAAGCCCAGCUGGAGAAUGCUUCCCGAAUGAGUGCCCAGGUUGGAAAAGAGGAAUCAACCUUUGUAAAUAUCAAUAAGAAAUCCAGUCUUCAGGACGCUAAUGUAAGAAGUCCCAUUCCUAUACGUGUGGAAACUACCCAGCCAGCUGUGGAGAAGCCGGAAAUCAAGCCUCCUCGAGUGAGGAAGUUAACAAGACAAUACAGUUUUGACGAAGACGACCUCCCUCCAGACCUGGCCGAGGCCGUGGGAGCGACCACGACCCCAACCACGGCCACCACCACGGCCACCACCACACAGGUCUCUGUGCCGCUGGCGUCCCCCAAGGUCCACAAACUCAGCUCGCCUCAGAAUUCGGAAGGCAAGAGCCAGCUGUCCCCUGGGGCCAAGAGCCCCUCCGACCGAGGAGGUGCCUUUACCUUGGAGCCAGGCGAUCUCCUGAUGGAUUUCACAGAAGCCACUCCUCUGGCAGAGCCCGCCAGCGCCCCCCACUGUGCCCACUCUCGCUGUUCUCCUCCACUCUCUCUCCCCCUGAAGGAAGAGACCACUGGAGUUUGCAUGCACCCUCCAAUCAAAACGAGGCUGAUAAAAACAUUCCCGGCUGAUCCAGUGACCCCCUUUCCUGAUCCUUUCAUUACAGGGCCACAGUUUACAGCAGACUUUAGAGACAGUAAAUUACAAUGCUGUCCUGGCCAGUCUUCCCCACUGAUUCCAGCAGCGACCCUGAGGCCUUUGACAGAGACCGUGUCCACAGUGCAGACGAUCUACACCACUCGGAAGCCUGUUUCUCUGGCAGCCAGCGCAGAGACCCUCCGGCAGGAACUGGAGAGAGAGAAAAUGAUGAAGAGAUUGUUGAUGACCGAGCUGUGAAAUUCUCCCCCUGUCGCCUGGAGGAUGGCGCGGUGCCUUCUGUCCGUUUUUUCUCCUCGGGCUUCGGGUGCUCCCUGAGCACCACCUGCAAAUGUGCGCUCCGUGUGCCCAGGCCUCUGGGGUUAUGGGUGAAGCCAACUUCUGGCUUGACCUUUAUUGGAAAAGUUACUUUAUGUCUCCUGAGUAUGAGAGUUUUUCUGCUACUCAGUGUAUUUGAGACAGGAUGUGGUAAGCCUAGGAGAAGAAAGAUGGGAAAACCGGGAUUCUUUGUCAGAAGUCCCCGUGUGUGCGUAUAUGAAUAACCACGGGGUCAGUGUCGCGCAGAAUCCUUUGCUGUCAAUCUCAACCGUGUGAUUUUGUACGAUUGACACUCGCACCCAGCUUUGACUGUUUGCUAAAGAGUCAUUUUUAAUGAGAGAAUAAUUCUUUACUGCUGGUUUUUCAUUUACACCGGUAAAUACACCGAUCUUCUAACGUCUUUAACAUUCAUUUUUAUUCAGACAUGAGUAGGUGAACUAACCAACGAAAAGUUGCCAUCACCAGGACGGAAGGUACUUCAGCUUAAUCUGAAAUACAAAUUGAACUUGUGAAUGGACAGGCUGUGAUAUUAUUUGGAAUACCUAGAAUUUGUUAUGGAACCCAAAGUAGGAAAUUAUGGUUUAAAUCAUCUAAAAAAAAAAAUCCUUACAAAGUGAUUUGAUAUCAGAAUUCCUUUGGGUGUUCCAUAAAGGAAAAUUAUUUCUAAAGCUGAUCAACUCAUGUCCUGUUGAUAGACCCUUGACCCGAAGAAACUUUGCUCUCUUUUUAUAUAGUUUCAAGAAAUGUGUUUUUAAAUUUUUAUUAUGCACUUGAACAACUUUGCAGGAAUAAAAGAACCCCCUACCACAAACUAGCCCUCUAAAUUGUUUCCCACGCUUUCUCAAUGAAUACGCACACAUUCUUACAUCAGUAGGAUCAGUGUGUACAUACUCUUGGGUUACUUCCUCCAUCUAACACAUAUCUCCUCUUUUCAGCACUGAUCCUGCUCUCACCAAUUUCAGUUUCCUUAAAUCCAUGUUAACACGGUUAACCUCACUUCUCGCCAUUAUGAGAUAUUCGAGUUAUAUCCAAUUUUUCACUCUUAUAAAUAGUGCUGCUAUGAAUGUCUUUGUAAAAAAAAAAAAAUGUUCCUUCUUUUGGAUUCGUCCCUUGGGACUCUCUUCAAAGAGAGACGACAAGGUCAAAGAGCAUGAAGUAUUUUAUAGCUCUUGUUCCCUAUUGCCAGAUUGCUUUCUAGAAAUACCCCAUCUCUGAGUUGGAAGGACCUUAAACCCUCUAAAUGCUUGAAUCCCCUCUCCAAUUUCUGAUGCCACCAGCAAUGUAUAAGCAUUUCUAUUUACCAAUAGUUCUGCCAGUAUUGGGUUGUGCCAUUUUUAUUUAUUUUUGCUCGUUUAAUAAGUGCAUAUCGUUGUUCUUGAAAGGGUGUUUUAUUUCAUUACUUGCUAGCAGGGCUGAGCACUUUUCCAUGUGACGAUUUACUCGCUUGUAUUUCCUCGUGUGUAAAAUGUCCAUCCAUUUCUUAUGACCACUUGUUAAGUGGAAUUGAUCUCGUAUAUUUGUAUCAGAACUGUAUUUUUACGUUGUAUUGUAUAGUUUGCUCUCCUGUCCCUAUCCUUAAAACUGAAUGGUGCCAAUAAUUUGAUACUAAUGAUUAUAAAAAAAAAGCAAUGCCUCAUUGACUAGCAUUGUUGUAAAAUGAGGUAAUAUAAGCAGAUAUUCAGAUAACAGAGGAUUAACCCUUAAAGUGCUGAAUCUUUAAAAUUUUAAUAUUUUUUUGAGGGAAAUUCUUUCUAAAAUAGAUGACGUACUUCCCUGCCUUAGGAAGCAGAGGACACUGGAGAGUCUUUGAUCUUUGCUUGAUGAGUCACGGUCAUCGUUACAAAUAUCAGCCCCUUUUGUACCUCAGUGUGGUGCAGUGAUGUCAUCAAGAGCUGUCAAAAUAUGCAGGGCUUGGCUUGCCUUUCCCAGGCUAACACUGUUUUCAUCAAUGGUGUGCACUGCUGUCUGCUCUUUCGGUCAAGCCAUCUGGGGCAACUGUGGUAUUUGGAAAUUUUUACUCCCCAGGCUACCUGACCCCUGUCUGGACUUUGGAAACAGCUUUAGCCAUUCUUUAUGUUGUGCACACGAUGCCAAAUGUGUUGCUGUACAAUACGGGGGGGACAUAUCCGCUUCUGGGUUGUCCCCUCUUGCCAAUCCCUCCUCUUCUAACCUGCUUUCUGAGUCUUCUGCUCUUCACCUCCUGCUCUCCGACAGAAACCUCCAGGGCAAAAUGGAAGCUUUCUUGAGGAAACCAGGAAACUCCGUGUUACCUACCCAUCAGGUUGGCUUUGCUUCUGAGGAGGGCUGCAUGGGCUUUUUGGCCAUUGUUUUCAGGAGGCUCCAAGCCUGCUGCUUAUUCCCCAUGUCCCCCUGGGUUCACGGAUGUUUCUGAAGGCGGAUGUCACGGGAUCACAAACAAGUUGGCUGUUACUGUGUAUGAAAACCCAGUACCUUUGGCAGCUCCACUCUAACCAGUAAAAUCAAGAGGAUUCCAUUGUUUC